CAUUUAAGCUACUGGACCUUGUAUUAGUAGAAGAAGAAGUCGGGCAGCGCAUCAUCCAUCUUCUAGGAAAGCACCAGCCAUCUAACGAGAGACCAGAAAAGAACAAACAUCAGCCAUCAUGGGAGCCGUGUUGGGACUGUGCUCCAUGGCGAGCUGGAUCCCGUGCCUGUGCGGCAGCGCCCCCUGCCUGCUGUGCCGAUGCUGCCCCAGUGGGAAUAACUCCACAGUGACUCGCCUCAUCUAUGCCUUCUUCCUGCUGCUGGGAGUGGGUGUUGCUUGUAUCAUGUUGAUGCCCGGCAUGGAGGGGCAGCUUAAAAAGAUUCCAGGCUUCUGUGAAGGAGGGAUGGGUUCGUCUAUUCCUGGCGUGGAGGGUCAUGUGAACUGUGACGUGCUGGUCGGCUACAAGGCUGUGUACCGCGUUUGCUUCGGCAUGGCCAUGUUCUUCUUGCUCUUCUCUCUGCUUAUGAUCAAAGUCAAGAGUAGCCAGGACCCCCGAGCUGCUCUGCACAACGGGUUUUGGUUCUUUAAGUUUGCUGCAGCUGCUGCCAUCACUAUUGGAUCAUUUUUCAUUGCUGAAGGUCCCUUCACUGUUGUGUGGUUCUAUGUCGGCAUGGCUGGAGCCUUCUGCUUCAUCCUCAUCCAACUGGUUUUACUCAUUGACUUUGCCCAUUCCUGGAAUGAGUCCUGGGUGGAGAAGAUGGAGGAGGGCAACUCUCGCUGCUGGUAUGCAGCUCUGCUGUCCGUCACCACAGUGAACUACUUAUUAUCUCUGGUGUCUCUGGUCAUGUUCUACGUCUACUACACCCACUCUGAUGGCUGCACUGAAAACAAGGUCUUCAUCAGCAUUAACAUGCUCCUCUGCGUCGCUGCCUCCGUCCUGUCAAUCCUGCCUCAGAUCCAGGAGUCCCAGCCCAGGUCUGGCCUGCUGCAGUCCUCCCUGGUUACCCUGUACACUAUGUACCUGACCUGGUCUGCCAUGACCAAUGAGCCUGACAGAAAAUGCAACCCGAGCCUUCUGGGUAUUAUCGGGCUGAACAGCACCAGCCCUGCAGGUCAGGACCAUGUGGUUCAGUGGUGGGAUGCCCAGGGGAUUGUGGGAUUGAUCCUUUUCCUCAUGUGUGUCCUCUACUCCAGUAUUCGUAACUCGUCCAACGCCCAGGUGAACAAGCUGACUCUGACCAGCGACGAGUCGGCUCUGAUUGAGGACGGGCCUCAGACUGACAGCUUCGAGGAGGGCAACGGAGUCAACAGAGCUGUGGACAAUGAGAGGGACGGCGUCACCUACUCCUACUCUUUCUUCCACUUCAUGCUGUUCCUGGCAUCACUCUACAUCAUGAUGACGCUCACCAACUGGUACAGCCCCGACGCCAACUACGAGGCCAUGACCAGCAAAUGGCCGUCGGUGUGGGUGAAGAUCUCCUCCAGCUGGAUCUGCAUCGCCCUCUAUGUGUGGACGCUGGUGGCCCCGCUGGUCCUGGUCAACAGAGACUUUGACUGAAACACACACUGUCCCCAAUGCUCAUACACGCAUCCAUCCACGCUCUGCUUCACCUGUGUUUUGUUUCAGCAAAGUCAGUAACAGUAGGUAGCUAACCCCGCAUCAGUUACCAUCGGAGGGGGCGGGGCUGCACUCAGACUGGCUGUUUGAGGACUGUGUAGUUUGGUGGCUGUCUGUACAGUCUGUGGCAGCUUCCUCACUGCAGGGCUGAUGGAUAGAGGGCGAACAGAUCCUGUCCCAGCUCUGACUGCAGCCUGGCCUCCUCUGGUGUAACGUCAUUG